AUGCGCACUCCAUCGAGCUCCCGGGUUCAGUUAACCCCCAGUUCCUCUCCAAUCCCUGGCGAUUAUAUAAACGAGGACGGCACCAUUGAGGCCAAUGAAGUCGACAGCGCCAGCCCGAGCCCGAAAGGAAUUUACUCCCUGCCACAGCCUACCCCUAAACUCCGGCUACAUCUGGAGGACCUUACCCAGCCGGCGUCCAAAGCUUUCAUAAAUCUUAUCCCAGAUCCAAAUGCUGCAAUAAACACAGCGCUAGGCAACAUUGUAACCUACUUAUACACAUCUCCGUCGGAACCUAAUCAAGCUGGAAAAAUCAAUAGCGGCAGAGACGGCAGCCAUGCGCACCGUAUAUCUCCACAUUUCGACCCCUCGUUGCCGGCGACGCGCUCCGUCACCUUCUUGGUCCGCGACAUGCCUGGCGUAGCCUACACAACCGGUACGGACCUCGACAAGGAGAUUCACGUUUCCCUCUCCUACAUCGCUACCGUUAGUAGCACAUCCGCAGAUCCAGCUCGCGAGCUCCGGGGAGUGAUCACUCAUGAACUAGUGCAUUGCUACCAGCACACUCGCCCUCACUCUAACGCGGCGGCACUGCACAAGAAUGGAGAGAUGGAGCAGAACAAGGCUGAACCGGAAUCAGCUAUCCCGAACCCCCCUUCGGGCUUGAUUGAAGGCGUUGCAGAUUUUGUCCGUUUGAAAGCUGGACUUGCGCCGCCUCAUUGGAAGCGGCCGAGGAGCAAGGCUGAGCGCGGGAGCAGCUGGGAUAAGGGAUACCAGGUUACAGCAUUUUUCUUGGAGUGGAUUGAGGAUAUUAAGGUUGGAGUAGGGGCGGUGGGCAUGUUGAAUGAUCGCCUUUUGAGGAUUGGGUAUGUUGGUGAAUCGGGUGGGAACGGUAGUGCUGGGGGAGAUGGGAACGGUGGGGCCGUUGAGAAAGCAGAUCGAAAGGGAGCGGGAGUAGUGACCGAUGAAAAGUUGGUUAAACGUGGAUUCUGGUAUGGGCUAUUUGGUGCUGAGGUAUUAGAUCUCUGGGAUGAAUAUGGGGCAUAUUUGGAUUCGUCCAAGACGAAUUGA